CCUUCCUUCCUCCCUCGCUCCCUUCCUCUCCUCGAAGCAAGAAAGCGGAGCUCGGAGAAGCAGUUCGUCUCCUUCUUGGCCUAAAUUUUGGCUCGUGCUCGACGAGUUGUGGUCUUCGUUUGCGGAUUUGGGAGGAAAGUCGCGGUCUUUGGGUUGCUUGCUGCUCUGUAGAUCCUCCGGAUUCCGAAAGAUAUGAAGAGCAAGAUGCGGUCGAGGACAGGCGAGAGAGCGGCAGAUUUCAGCCCCAUAAAGGAGUCACCGCCGGCGGAGAAGGCAGCGGAGUGGGAGCUCAGGCCCGGGGGGAUGCUCGUCCAGAAGCGCGAUCCCGACGCCGACGCCGUGGCCGCUCCUGUACCCGCUAUCCGCGUCAAGGUCAAGUACGGCGCCGUGUACCACGAGAUCUACAUCAGCUCUCAGGCCACCUUCGGGGAGCUGAAGAAGGUGCUGUCAGCCAGGACGGGGCUGCACCCGCUCGACAUGAAGCUGAUGUACAAGGAUAAGGAGAGGGAGUCGACGGCGUUCCUGGACAUCGCCGGCGUGAAGGACAAGUCGAAGGUGGUGUUAGUGGAAGACUCCACGGCGCAGGCCAAGCGCCUCCUCGAGAUGCGCAAGACCGACAAGAUGGAGAAGGCCGCCAAGUCCAUCUCCGCCAUCAGCCUCGAGGUCGAUCGGCUCGCCUCCAAGGUGUCGGCGUUGGAUGGGAUCGUGAACAAGGGCGGGAGGGUGGUGGAGACGGACGUGACCAAUCUCAUCGACUCGUUGAUGAACGAGCUGAUAAAGCUGGAUGCCAUCGUCGCCGACGGGGACGCGAAGCUGCAGAGGAGAACGCAGAUUAGGAGAGUGCAGAAGUAUGUGGAGACCCUGGACGCGAUCAAGAUGAAGAACUGGAUGCCGAGAGGAAAUGGUCCCCCGGGCAAAGAACAGCCGCAGUGGUCACAGCCAAGGCAGCAGAGGAGGGACUCACAACCUCAGCAUCAGCAGCAAAAGAUGCAUUUGCAGCAAUCACAGAACCAGUACCAGCACCAAAAUCGUCAUCAACCACCACAAUCCCAUUUCCAACAGCAGCAGCAGCUAAAUAAGCUGCCGCAGCAAGCCGUGGUACUGUCGUCGAUGAACUGGGAAACAUUCGAUUCCCUGUUCCCGACGUCCACCUCCACGCCCACGGCCGCCGCCACCUCCACUCCCCAUGCAAGGUUGGACUGGGAGCUGUUUUGAGCAUGGAUGAUGCAUUGCAGCCAUCGGAAGGAAAGUUGCUGAUGUGUGUGAUUGAAGCUCUGUUGCUGCUGCAGUUAAAGAACACCAACACUUGCUUGUGCUCUCUUCGUAUUCUUUGUGUGUGUAUAUCUACUGUUUGAGAGGGGUCUCACUGAGAUCCAAGAGAAAUAAAUGGACUCACGAUGGUCAUGUCCUAUCUAUGUAUGAAGAAGAGAGGAAGGUAAAAUGAUCAUAUGGUGCAACAAGAGAAGAGAAGAGUGGUUAUAUAAUGGGAUUGAAUUCAUUGUGUUGAUAUGAGCUCAUCAUUUAGCCUAUGAGAACAGCCUUUGGGACCUUGGAAUG